AUGCUCUUCAGCAAAGUGCUUGUCCCUCUUACGCUGUGCUUGGCUCCUCUGGCCCUUGCACUCAGCAAUGAAGCAAAUACUAUAAUCGACCAUACCGCCGCUAUCGCCCAGAAAUAUGAGGCUGUCGCGUCUUCGUUUGACGCCUGGGGUGGUGGGAUCAUUACCGUUAUUCCACCACUAUUGUCCCUCCAGAAUUUGCAUAACGCCCAGGUAGCUGCCAUUCACGGUGCCCAAAGCUGUGGUAGCUUCACUCCAGAAGACAGUGACCAGAUUAUGGAAUCGAUCAAGCGCGUUUGCACUUCUGUGCGAAAGGCCCAGACAUCCGUUACCAAGAAGUCACCUGAGGUGUGCGCAACCGGGUUUGGAUUCAUCGGUCAGGCCUUUGUCGAGGUUAUGAAGUCAGAUAUGACCAAGUUUUUGGAUAUCAUCGGCCCCAAAAUGUCUCCAGACCAUGCACCCAGAUUUACCGAACUUCAUCAACAAAAGGAGUCCUUAACCCAGGAAAUCAUCGAUAGCUUUAAGUCCUAA